CUUCCCACUUCCAGACCCCUUCCCUCCGAAGCAGCGACCGGUUAUCGUUGACAAGCGCCUUUCCUGACCGAUGUGACGGGCACCCCAACCGACCAAACGAGCAUCCCGAUCUCAUCAGACGAGACGAGCAUCCAAGCAGGACUGAAGCACUAUGGCUUCAAAUUGUCAAGCUGCCCCAUUGGUUGCUUCUCCAUCAUAUCCAAACUCCAUUGCAUGGUCGAAGGAAAAUCUGGUAGCCAUUGCUUCAGGCCAUCUCAUAACUAUAUUGAAUCCAGCUUUGCUUGCAGGCCCUCGAGGGUUAGUUAUACUUCCCCCAAAUAAGCCAUUUCCUGUAGGGCUGGUGAGAAGGGAAGACCUUCUUACUCCCUGUUUGAUGCCUACUUGUUUAUCACGUGACUUUCGUCCUUGUGCUCGAUCCAUUUCAUGGUCUGAUCCAGGAUUUGCACCAAAUUCAGGAUCCUUUCUUGCUGUUUGCACUACGGAAGGCCGUGUGAAGCUGUAUCGUGCACCUUUUUGUGAAUUUUCUGCUGAAUGGGUUGAGGUUGUGGACAUUUCUGACUUGUUGUUUGAUUAUCUUGAAAGUAUUAAUUUUGGGGAGGCGAAUGCAACAUUGCCAUCAUUUUCUCUAAAGCAAGCCAAUGCGGGCUAUGUUAAAGAGAGAGGAUGUGACACUGAAUUGAAAGGUUCCAGGGUGAGUGAGAAUGCCAGAUGUAGAAAGAGAGAAGCUUUAAUGAGAAGAGUUAAGCACAAGGAAUACAGUGAAUCUCCUGUAAAAGAACUAAGUGAAAAAGCCCUCCCAUUGAUAACAGCGGAGCAGUAUGCUUCUCGCAGUGUGCUUUUAUCAUCACUUGUUGUUGCCUGGUCACCCACAUUGCAGUCAUCUGGAAUCAGUCCUUGUUUCUCUAACAAAUGUGCUAUACUUGCUGUUGGGGGGAAAUCUGGUAAUAUAUCUUUCUGGAAAUUCAAUGAACCAAAAUGCUAUACUGUUGAGCAUGGCAGGGUUUCUGUUGAUGCAAUGCUCAUCGGACUUCUCCAGGCUCACAAAUCAUGGAUCACUUCAAUUAGUUGGGGUAUUUGUGCUGCAUGUUCUUCAAAAUCCCAGCUAGUGUUGGCUACUGGGAGUUCUGAUGGAAGUGUGAAGAUAUGGUGGGGAGAUGUUGAAGGGUUGAUCCAAUCUUCAGAUGCUAACAAAAGUUCCUUUUCCUUAUUAAAUGAGGUGACAGCUGUUACACCAUCCCCAAUUUCAGCAAUUUCAUUGAUUGUGCCAAUGCAAUCUCAAGAUAAGGUUGUUUUAGCAAUUGGGAAAGGAUCUGGAUCACUUGAAGCAUGGAUAUGUCAUAAAUUUAGCAAUGAAAUUCAAAGUGCUGGCAUUUAUGAUGCACAUGACCAAGUGGUGACAGGUCUAGCUUGGGCUUUUGAUGGUUGUUGUUUGUACAGCUCCAGCCAGAAUAACUCUGUCCGUAGUUGGGUCAUGCAUGGGAACCAUCUUCAUGAAGUGCCUUUCCCUUCAAAAUUUCCUUGGCUCAGGAACUCAACAGAUCUUUCACAAGUCUCUGAUCAAUGUUUUGGUCUUGCACCAUCUCCUGGAGAAUUGAUGGUUGCUGUGGUCCGCAGCUUUGAUGCCAAUCUUUUGAACCAAAUGUAUCAGGCCAGGACUCAGAAGGCAGUGGUCGAGUUUUUCUGGAUUGGAGGCCAGUCACUCGAAAUUCCAUCUGAAAAGCACCUUAGUUCUGAACCUUCAUCUGAUUUGUCUGAGAGAGACUUGUUUGACUGGGAAACCAAAAUUCUGCAGUCUCUAAAAACUUAUGAAAAUGUGGACAAGUUGCUUGUCCUAUGGGAUAUUGUAGCAGCAUUGCUAGCUUUUAAAAAAAUUAAUCCUACUUUUGUGGAAAAUUUACUGUUCAAAUGGAUCUCAAGUUGGUUUCUGGACUAUCAGUCAGGCAUUACUAGUGAAAAGAUCUUGUCUCAUGUCCACAGUAUGCUGCCGGAGAUCAGCUCUCGCAAAAUUCACCUUCUCAACAUCAUUUGUAGAAGAUUGAUGCUAAGUGAGGAAAAAGCUGGUAUACCUAAAGGAGAACAGCAUAAACUAAGUAAAUUAAAUAACGAUGAAGCGAACAUAGACUUGUGGAAUAAUUUGCUUUUCAAAAAUGAAAAAGAGCUACAACAGAGGCUGGUGGCUUUUAAUUUUGCAGCUGUUCUGAGUCAUGCAACUUGUCCACCCAAAGAUUUUCCGGUUGGGACAAAUUGGUUCCCCAUUGGAGUUCCUCAGAUGCAGCAAUGGGUUGCCGACAACAGUGGGCUGGUGCACAAUCAGCUGAAAGUUCUUAGUGCAAAAGUUGAAGAACUUGGAAGCAGGAUUCAUUCUGUUUGUGAAUAUACCAUGGAGGAAAGCUGUGGUUUUUGCUCAGCUUCCGUCCCAUUUGAAUCUGAAGAGGUGGCCUGGUGCAAAUGCAGCAAGACUGAUGAUGGGUCAAAAGAAAGCCAUAGACUAUCGAGAUGCAUGGUUUCCAUGCAGCUGUGUUCUGUCACAGCACCAAUGUGGUUUUGCAUUUGUUGUCGGAGGUGGGCUGCCAAACUGCCACCUCAGACAUUAUUUACGAUGUCAAAGUCUCCUCUCGCUGUACAUUAUGACAGUGAGUCCUUUGCUUUGUUUGAGCGCCAAAAACCAUUAUGCCCUUAUUGUGGAAUACUGCUACAAAGAGCUGUGCCAGAAUUUUUGCUCUCUGCAUGCCCUGUGUAAUAUGAAAUAUGCUAUUAUUUCUAUAAUAUUUAUUAAUUAUUUGAUGCCUUCUACAA